AUGGGAAGCUGUGGAGGAAAAUCUGAAAACAAGCAACAAUAAAUGAGCAAAGAAUAAAAAUGUAAAAAUGAUCUUAAUUUCAAAAUAGCUCUUGCUAUCAGUAAAUUCGAAGUUGGUCCUGACAUCUUCAUUAACUUAAAGACAGGAGAUAUCACAGACAAUUAUAUCAUGAAUAAAAUCUUAGGAGAAGGUUCGUAUGGUCAAGUAAGAUUGGUCUAACAUAAGAAAUCUGGCCAAUAAAGAGCUAUGAAACAGAUUUCAAAGAAAAAAAUACUCAAAGAAUAAGAGGAGGCUAUGUUUAGUGAGGUUUCUUUACUAAAAAACAUGGAUUACCCUAACAUUGUCAAAUUAUUUGAGCUGUACCAAGACAGUCAAAAUUACUACCUAGUAACAGAAUAUCUGAAUGGGGGAGAACUACUUGAAAAGUUGACCAAAUUACAAACAUUUAAUGAAAGAAUGGCAGCGGAAUACAUGAAGUAAGUUUUAUCAGCCCUUGCCUAUUGUCAUGCUUAGAAUAUCAUCCAUCGCGAUAUGAAGCCGUCCAAUAUUAUGUUAGCCUCUACAGACCCACAAUCCAAGAUCAAAGUUAUAGAUUUCGGAACUGCUAAAAGAUUUGUUAAUGGUCAAACCUAGACUUAAGUAAUAGGAACUCCGUUAUAUCUUGCUCCGGAGGUGAUUGAUAAAAAUUACACAGAAAAAUGUGAUAUUUGGUCUUGUGGAGUAAUCUUAUAUCAAAUCUUAACUGGGAAAUUUCCAUUUGAGUCUAAAGUUUCUAAUUUACAGCAACUUUUCAGCAACAUUAAAUCUGGAAAAUAUAAUUUUACAUCUAAGGAAUUUACUACAUUAUCAUACGAGGCUUAAGAAUUGAUAAAAUCAAUGUUGCAAUUCGAUCCUAACAAAAGACCCUCGGCUUAAAAGAUUUUAGACGAUCCAUGGAUAAAAGAGAAGGCUCGGGAAGAGAAGAUUAGUGUAGAUGUCUUGAAUGAAUUGGGCAAAUUCAGAAAUGAAAGCAAUAUGAGAGCAGCCAUUUUAUAGUUGAUUGCAGGUUCAGUUAUGUCUAAUGAGGAGAAAGAUUAACUUACAUCUACAUUCUAAAGCAUGGAUAAAAACAAGGAUGGAUAAUUAUCAAAAGAAGAAUUAGUAUUAGCAUACACAAAGGUAUUUAAUGAUGAAUUAAAGGCCAAGCAUUUAGUUAAUUAAAUCUUUGAUUAAAUAGAUCAAAAUAACUCUGGAAAAAUAAGUUACACUGAAUUCCUAGUAGCUUCUGCUAAACAAAAUAUUAUUCUUUCUAAAACUAAAAUUGAUUAGGCUUUUAAAUUGUUUGAUAAGGAUGGGAAUGGAGUCAUUUCGAAAGCAGAGAUCUAAGAGAUCAUGUGUGGAAUUAAUAUUGACAAUGCUGAAUGGAGUCAGAUUAUUUAAUAAUGUGAUAAAAAUAAUGAUGGAAAUAUCUAAUAUGAAGAAUUUUCUUCUAUGUUAUUGGCAGUAGCCAAAAUUUGA